GUGACAGAACACAGAAGAAAAAUGCCGGAGCCAGCAAAAUCUGCUCCCGCUCCCAAGAAGGGCUCUAAAAAAGCCGUGACCAAGACUCAGAAGAAAGGCGAUAAGAAGCGCAGAAAGACUAGGAAGGAGAGUUAUUCCAUCUACGUGUACAAAGUGCUGAAACAAGUUCACCCAGACACCGGCAUUUCCUCUAAGGCCAUGGGGAUCAUGAACUCGUUUGUAAAUGACAUCUUCGAGCGCAUUGCGGGGGAAGCGUCUCGCCUGGCUCAUUACAACAAGCGCUCGACCAUCACUUCCCGGGAGAUCCAGACCGCCGUGCGCCUGCUUCUGCCGGGGGAGCUGGCCAAACACGCGGUGUCUGAGGGCACUAAGGCCGUUACCAAGUACACCAGCUCCAAGUAAAUGGUUUGUUGUGAGACUACCUACACCUUUAACCCAAAGGCUCUUUUAAGAGCCAUCCAUUUUCUCACCCAAAGAGCUUUGAUAUCAGUAAUUGCUGUUGCUUGUGUUUUGCAAACUCCAACAAAGCAUAUUUUAAAAAUAUUAAUGUGCUUUAGUCUCAGCGACUUGUGAAAGUAUUUUUUUCAUUGCAUAUGCUCCCUAUAUCGUGGGGGACUAAUUUCGCUCUAGUAAAUGUGGCAUUAAGUCAAUUUAAACUA